AUGGCCUACGAGAAUGUAAACCAACCUCGAUGGGACUGCUCCCAUCCUGGCAGUUUGGGUGUUGACAGUCACCUGGUGCGAUCGCACCUCUAUGAGUUGCCGCGUCUGGAAAUGUUCCAAUCAAAAAUGUCUUGUGUCUCUGUGGUUAUCCGAUAUCUACCAGAGUGUCCUCCAGCCGUGUUCCCGAUAAUGAGCUCGAUGCAGGAGGACAAACCAGCUGAGGUCGCCGCGAAGAGCCACGUGCGAGAGCUUCGGAACACGGAGCUGGUGUCCCGUCUGCUGGCGGCGACGCCACCGUACCUCUACAGCGCUCUACCGCUGCAGCCGCACGCGUUCUUCUUCAGCGAAAUGCUGAGGUCUUUCGUCAGCGCGCGCCACGGCUGCCGACCGCCUCAGUACCACAGGCGCUUCAAGCGGCGCUCGCACAAAUACUUCGCUGAGAGCGAAACCGAAUGGCGGCGCGACUGGCCGAAGCGGGACGAGGAGAGGAAGGAGUCCGAAGCCAGACCCGAGGUCCCGCUGGAGCUCACCGUCGAUAAGCAGCCGAGGGUCCACGAGAUGUCGCCGAUAGGGCUCUCGCCGAAAGAACAAGUCAAACCGAGUAGCAGCCCUGGGCCGCCCGGUAGGCAAUCAACUUUCGUCGACGUCGGGACCGAGGAGUUGGCGAAACCGGCGUGCGUCAGGAAUCAAGAUACAGUACCACCACCGAGUCUGAUUCUGCCACCGCCGCCGCCGAUGUGGUACCCGCCUCUGUACAACCCUCAGUUCGGCGUCGACCCGCUGAACUUCUUCAUCGACCUUCGCGUCUCCGGGCACAUUUACGACAGGAAGAGGGCGGCUGAGACGGGGAUCGACGCAAACGCUAGUCCGGAAAUCACGUCGGAAGACGCCGGUGCGGACAAGCGACUUCCGAGGGAUUUCGGACAAAGGACGCGACACGUCUCGGCCUUUUCCGUUCCGGUCAGAGAUCAGAAUGAUACCGCUAACAAAUUCUAUGAUCAAAACCGACCGUUCGGUGAGAACAAUGGCACUUCGUGCAUUAUGAGGAAUUUGAAAAGCGUAUACGAAAGAUUACACGACGCGCAAAGUCAAAAAGACCAAGAGAAAACAAACGAAGAGACCAAAGACGAAAAUUCUGAUUUAGAUGAGGACAUCAUUGAA